CUUUUGUCAAUAAAACAGAUGAAAAAUCGGUAACAAGUGAAACUUGGCACCGCGGCUUUAUAAAAAACAAAUUAAUAAUUAAUUAUCUGUGAAGUUUCUGAAUUGCAGUUGAAAACGAAAUACAUGCUCAUCGCUGGCAGGCAGCAUGUAGAGGCGCGCUAUACACACACAGCUACAUAUGCAUUCGACCAAUCCACAAAGUUUACUAGGGUGCUGCAGUAGGGUUACAGCUUCACAAUUAUUCGUCCAUCUGCUCGUUCGUUUCAAACACGCCAAGCGGAGCGUGAAACUGAAAUAAGGAGUACCAGAACUGUGCAUUCUUAUAGAAUGAGGCGCAUGAAUAACUUAAUAACACUUUUUACCGCAAUGGUAGCUUUUUUCUUCGGCUGCUUUCUCAGCAGUAUGCUGAAUAACGUCGAAAAGUGUUUGACACAUAAAAGCGGUAUAAGUAGAAUGGAGCCGCAUCCGGAUAUCUUUCUAAUGAUAUUGGUGGCAACGGCACCACAAAAUGUUAAUCGGCGACAAAAAAUUCGACAAACAUGGUUGCGUCUUGGUCAACCACUGGAAAUGCCUUACUAUCCUGAAGAUUUGAUUUAUCUACCGAAAUAUACAGAGAGUGGUCAUUUGCAAAUGGAGAGUGUAUCAGAUCAAUCGAAUCGUUUGACUGCAUAUCUUAAUUGGUUCGAUAACAACCUAAAUAAUGCAGAAUCAACACGACGACUUUUAAGAGUAAAACAUUUUUUUGCCGUUGGCACGGACGGAAUGCCAGCCGGAUUGCGUGCAGAGUUGGACAGAGAGCAGAGCCUGUAUGGUGAUAUGCUGCUUUUGCCGCGUUUACGAGAUAACUUCGAAAAUUUAACUGAAAAGAUGCUGCACUCCAUAGAAGUGCUUACAAAUCACUAUGAAUUCAGUUAUCUACUUAAAUCAGAUGACGAUACAUAUGUGAAGUUGGACAUUUUGCUUAAUGAACUCGUGUCAUAUGACCGUAAAUUAGUGCGUAAGAGCAAAGAGUAUAAUGGACACCCUUUGCCAGCUCUAUAUUGGGGUUACUUUCUCGGUAGGGCGAAUGUGAAAACGAAGGGAAAAUGGGGUGAUCCAAAUUACCAUUUAUCUACGCAUUAUGUAACAUAUGCCAUGGGUGGUGGAUAUGUCAUUUCACAUAAAAUCUGCCUACAUAUUGCAACAAAUACACAACUAUUGUCCGCUUACGCGAAUGAGGAUGUUUCGAUGGGUUUAUGGCUUGCACCACUGCGCUUCGUCUAUCGACGUCACGAUCCACGUUUUGACACACAGUAUAAACCACGUAAAUGUCGACGUUAUCAUAUAGUAUUGCACAAGCUUGAUGUGGAGGAAAUGCAGCAAAUUGAUGACGGUAGUGUGUGUGUAAAAGGCGGAAAGGAAGAUGAAAAGGAGGACGAACAAAGCAAACUUAUACGGCCAUAUUUCUACGAUUGGACGAAGCCGGCCGAGAAAUGCUGUGAUACCGUCGUAAAAUAAGCAGUAAUAAAUAUAAGCGAAUAGUAUUAGCAUUAAUUUUCAAAUACGCACUUAAAAGCACAAUAUAUAAAAGUGCAUACAUUAUUAAGAAAACCCGUGUCUCUAGUGAUUAUUUAAUAAAAAUUAUUUACUAAAUAUUAUGAAUGAAUAAAGACAAACAGAAACAAUAGUAAAUAAUAUGA